UCAUUCAGAAGCUAUUGUAAUAGAUAACAAUGAUCCUCAAGAAGAAACAUCAGGAUCGCAUGCUCAAGUUGCAGAAAAUUUGCCAACAGAAAUUUCAACUUCAAUUAUAUCAACUCAAGAAAUACUAUAUAUACCUGCAGUAUUUCAAGAUACUCUGCAAGAUAUUAAUACGUCUUAA